GUCCGUAACAACAAUAACUCACAAGUCACAACACAACUUCGAUUACCUGGCUGCUUCGUGGUAGUGUCUGUCUCUGUGUCUUUGCCUUGCCCAGUCGCAUAUAUUGUUACAUUUUUUUAAUUCAAAACUGAAAAGGGCUUAUCUCUGCUUAUUGUUCAUACUCCUCUCUCUAUCUCACAAAGUGCCUGCACUUGGCUUUACUUAAGAUUAUAUUCAAGUGAUAGAAAAGUUUAUGUUUGUCUUGUGGAAUCCAUCUUGCUUGACGUAGCUUCUGUGAUGGCUUAAAAUGGAUUAAAUUGUCUUCUUCUGUAAACUAUUUCUUGAUAAAUAUUGUUCCAUGGCUCGGAAGGGUAAUCAGCAAAAGAAUGGCUUGGAUCGUCAAGCAUCAAGCCACAGAAAAAAAGGUUCGAAUUCAGGGUCUCCUGUCCCUGAUAUGACAGGACAGGGUAGAGACAGCAAGGUAAAGGUUUUUCCUGGGGAGGAUCUCCCAGAUGGUUGCCAUCAAGGCAUUCCUUUCGUGGACAGUGCAAGUAAAGCCCAUCAUGCAGGAGAUGAGAAUAAAAGGAAGCAAAAUUGUGGGGCAUCUCCCAGAAAAGAGAAGCAAGGAACUGAUUUGCAGGAUAUUGACCAAUCGGUUUCUUCCAAGGGCAAUUCUGGUGAUGACACUGAAAAUAUUUCUUCGAUGCAAACGCCUAAUAUAAGAGAAGCAAUUGCUCGCCGUGGUAGAAAACAUGGAAAGAGUGGCCUUGGUUGCUUGCUGAAUGGAUUGCAUGUUAAAAAUGCGAUGGAGAAUGUUAAGUUUCCGGAUAACGAGCUGGUUAGAAGCCUAAGGGCACAGAUAUCAUCCAAGUUGGAGGCAGCAUUUGAGUUGUUGGAGAGGCAGAUGCCAUUGUUUGUUUCUCUAACAACAAAGUUUUAUAAUGCCUGUGAUUAUGUUAAAAUGAAGUUUCAGCAAGUUUAUCCUGUUGUUCUAAUUUUUCUCAAACAUUUGGCAAGCAUACUACUUAUUUUAUCAAUGGUUUGGUUGGACUGUGCUCUAAGGGGCAUUGACUCUUUUCUGCGGAUGGGGACAACAUCUUUCUUUUCAGUUAUAUGGUGCAGCAUUCUCUCAGUAAUUGCUAUGGUUGGGAUGGCAAAGUUUCUUAUGGUCCUGGUUAUACCUGCUUUGGUGGCUUUUUUUAUUGGGUUCACCCUUGCAAUCAUAGUAGUUGCCCUUUUGGGAACUGUUUUUCUAUGGUUUUAUGGAAGUUUUUGGACAACAGUGCUUGUUAUUUUCCUUGGAGGAUUGGCAUUCAAGUUGAGCCAUGAGAGCCUUGCACUAUUUAUUACAACUGUGUACUCAAUAUAUUGUGCUUGGACUUAUGUUGGAUGGCUUGGUUUGCUGUUGGCACUGAAUUUAUCUUUUAUCUCAAGUGAUGCUCUGAUAUACUUUCUAAAGCAUAACAUAAAUCAACAAAGAAGAACGGAUGGGCCCCAUGAUCAAACCUUUGGGAUGCAAGGUGGACCAGGGUACUUCAAUGGUGAGUCAGGGCAUGCUUCAUCCUCUGAUAAUGCCCCGGGGUUAUCUGCUGAUCGUAGUGCGGGAGUGCCUUCAACUAGUGGGGCAGACUCUGAGAUGACUUCUGAAGAUGAAGUAGCUCGGUUGUUGAACUGUACUGACUACUAUUCAGCUUUGGGCUUGUCACGAUAUGAGAAUGUUGAUGUUUCUGUAGUGAAGCGAGAGUAUAGAAAAAGGGCUAUGUUGGUCCAUCCUGAUAAGAACAUGGGUAAUGAGAAAGCUGUGGAAGCGUUUAAGAAACUUCAGAAUGCUUAUGAGGUUCUCCUUGAUUCAUUAAAGCGAAAAGCAUAUGAUGAUGAGUUGAGGAGGGAGGAGCUGCUAAACUGUUUCCGUAGGUUCCAAAGUGCUUCUCAGAAGAAUGGCAGGCAUGGUUUCUUUGCAUCCGGAUCUGCAAGGUCAGAAACUGAUAGUGAGGACCCCAUUGGAGAUUCUAGGCGAAUAGCCUGCAAAAAGUGCAACAACUUUCAUGUGUGGAUUGAGACCAAGAAAUCAAAAUCACGAGCAAGAUGGUGCCAGGAAUGCAAAGAUUAUCAUCUAGCAAAAGAUGGAGAUGGAUGGGUUGAACAAUCUUCCCAACCCUUCUUUUUUGGAUUACUGCAGAAGGUAGAUUCGCCUUCUGCAUAUGUUUGCGCAGAUGGCAAGGUUUAUAAUGCUACCGAAUGGUAUAUUUGUCAGGGAAUGAGAUGUCCAGCCAACACUCACAAGCCAAGUUUUCAUGUGAAUACUAGUUUAACCUCCAAGCAUGGUACUAGCAAGGGAACAAGUUCUGGACAAAGAGGUGGUCGGAUGCCAACAUCUAACCUGGAUGAGACCAUGACUGAGGAGGAAUUCGUAGAGUGGUUACAGAAUGCAGUGCAGUCCGGACUGUUUGAUAAUUUUGGUGCUAGUACCUCCUCCGAAAGCCCAACCGCCAACACGGGAUCAGGCUUCAAGGGCAGUGGUGCCAAUAAUAGCAGUGGCAACAAGAGAAAGAAAAAGGGAAAGAAGCAAUGGUGAUUUCUUCUUUUUUCUCUCCUGAUUCUUAUGAUAAAACUUGUAAGCUUUGAAUGAGCCUACCAAAGAUAGGCUCUGAAUCUGAUGGAAGAUGAGAUCUUUUGUCUUUUUUCAAGAAAGAAGAGGUUUUACUUUACUAUAUUGUAUGCCAGCAUAUGAUCAGAAGUGCCCUUUCAGGCGCCAAUAUACAAAGCUUGUAUAGCUUUUUACCA